AGCCCUCUCACGUAUUAUUAACUUGAGCCAGACUGGAAGAACUUGUGAGAGAACGAGGAAAAGCCUCGCUGAAUGGAUGUAGAAUCUCCUGCCCUGUCCUGUGUACUCUAAAACAGCCUGAGGAAAAGAAAAACAGAGGGAGAGAGAGAGAGAGGGAGAGAGUGCGAGAGAGUCCUGAGCAGAGGGGACUAAAGCCAGACAGAACGCAGCGGUUGUGAAAGGAGAGAAGAGGAAAAGGAGGGGAGGAAACUCGAGCGCUUUUGCACAGAGGACUGAGUCACAGAGCAAGACAGAGAGAGCGAGAGAGGGAGAGAGAGGAGAAAGAUAGAAAGGAGGGGGCAGCUCUUCUUCUGUCGCUUGGUCAGGAGAGGGUUAGCGUGCUCGAGCGCCUGGGGACGUUUAAAGUCCGGCACCACACCCCUCUCUCUGCACACCCCCCUACCCCGUCUCUCCUCCUCCCCCCCUCACCUUUCACCCCCUCGUUCCGCUGCUCCUUGCUCACCGGCGCACACUCGCUCGCAGGCCCAAUGCCGGCAGGCCCCCCUGGAAACGUCUUCCCCACCCUGGUGGUCCUGGGCCACAUAGUGACGCUGAUAGCCGUGUGGAGAUGGAGGCAGCGGAGGAGGCAGUUCUGCGAAGAUGAGCGGGACAGAGUCCAGAAAAAGACCUUCACAAAAUGGGUGAACAAGCAUCUUAUGAAGCACUGGAGGGCUGAGGCUCAGAGGCACAUCACAGACCUGUACGAGGAUCUGCGAGAUGGCCACAACCUCAUCUCCCUACUGGAGGUGCUCUCUGGGGAGACCCUGCCGAGGGAGCGUGACGUUGUCAGGAACUCGCGGUUGCCCAGAGAGAAGGGCCGCAUGCGCUUCCACAAACUGCAGAAUGUUCAGAUUGCCCUGGACUUCCUCAAACGUAGACAGGUCAAACUGGUCAACAUCAGAAAUGAUGACAUCGCAGAUGGAAACCCCAAGCUGACCCUUGGGCUGAUAUGGACAAUCAUCCUUCACUUCCAGAUCUCAGACAUCCAAGUGAGUGGUCAGUCAGAUGACAUGACGGCCAAGGAGAAGCUGCUGCUGUGGUCUCAGCGCAUGGUGGAGGGCUUCCACGGUAUGCGCUGUGAUAACUUCACCACCAGCUGGAGAGACGGCAAGCUCUUCAAUGCCGUCAUCCACAAACACAGGCCUAAUUUGAUUGACAUGAGUAAGGUGUACAGACAGACGAACCUGGAGAAUCUGGAGCAGGCCUUCAGCGUGGCCGAGAGAGAGCUGGGUGUCACCCGCCUGCUCGAUCCAGAAGAUGUGGAUGUGCCCCACCCUGAUGAGAAGUCUAUCAUUACAUACGUUUCCUCCCUGUAUGAUGUCAUGCCAAGAGUUCCGGAUGUUCAGGAUGGAGUCCAGGCCAAUGAGCUGGAGCUUCGCUGGCAGGAGUACUACGAGCUGGUCACCAUGCUGCUGCAGUGGAUCAGACACCAUGUCAUUGUGUUUGAGGAGAGGAAGUUCCCCACCAGCUAUGAGGAGAUCGAGGUUCUGUGGCGCCAGUUCCUCAAAUUUAAGGAGACAGAGCUGCCAGCAAAGGAGGCUGACAAAAAUCGCUCCAAACUUAUUUACAAGGCUUUUGAGGGUGCAGUGCAGGCUGGUCAGGUCAAGGUGCCUCCUGGCUACCACCCCAUCGACGUGGAGAAGGAGUGGGGUCGCCUGCAUGUGGCCAUACUGGAGCGAGAGCGUCUGCUCAGAACAGAGUUUGAACGGUUGGAGAGGCUGCAGAGGACGGUCAGUAAAGUGCAGAUGGAGUCAGGCGUGUGUGAGGAGCAGCUGAACCAGGUGGAGACGCUGCUACAGACGGACGUGCGCUCGCUGGGAGCAGGAAAGCCCGUCCAGCACGCAGCAGAGAUCGAGGCAGACCUGGACAAGGCCGAGAGCAUGAUCCGCUUCCUCUUCAACGAUGUGCAGCUGCUGAAGGACGGGCGCCACCUACAGGCAGAACAGAUGUACAGACGGGUUUACCGUCUCCAUGAGCGUUUGGUGAACCUGCGCAGUGAGUACAACCUCCGUCUGAAAUCAGGAGUGACCGUGUCCCAGGUGCCCCUGACACAGAUGUCCAUGACGCAGACCCUGCAGCAGUCCCCGCAGCGCGUGCGGCCCGAGCUGGACGAGGUCACGCUCCGGUACAUCCAGGACCUGCUGGCCUGGGUGGAGGAGAACCAGCGGCGCAUCGACAGCUCGGAAUGGGGCGCGGACCUGCCUGCCGUCGAGUCCCACCUUGGCAGCCACCGCGGCCUGCACCAGUCCAUAGAGGACUUCAAGUCCAAGAUUGACCGUGCAAGGGCUGAUGAGAAUCAGUUAACCCCUGCCAGUAAAGGAGCGUACAGAGACUACCUGGGCAAGCUGGACUUGCAGUACGGCAAACUGCUGAACUCCUCCAAAGCCCGUCUGCGCAGUCUGACGCAGCUGCAUGCGUUUGUCGUAGCUGCCACUAAAGAGCUGAUGUGGCUGAAUGAGAAAGAGGAGGAGGAGGUGAACUAUGACUGGAGUGACCGCAACACCAACAUGACUGCUAAGAAGGAUAACUACUCGGGUUUGAUGCGAGAACUGGAACAGCGCGAGAAGAAAGUGAACAGUGUGCAAGCCACCGGAGACAAGCUGCUAAAGGAAGGCCAUCCAGCCAGGAGCACAGUGGAGGCCUUCAUGGCAGCUCUGCAGACGCAGUGGAGCUGGAUGCUGCAGCUGUGCUGCUGUAUUGAGACCCAUCUCAAAGAGAACACCGCCUACUUCCAGUUCUUUUCAGACGUGAAAGAGGCGGAGGAGAGGAUGAAGAAGAUGCAGGAGGCGAUGAAGAAGAAGUACAUUUGUGACCGCUCCAUCACGGUCACUCGUCUGGAGGACCUUCUGCAGGACGCUGUGGAAGAGAAAGAGCAGCUCACUGAGUUUAAGACUCACCUGGAUGGCCUGAACAGGAGAGCAAAGACAAUCAUCCAGCUGAAACCCAGAAACCCUGCAACGCCCGUCAAAGGCAAACUGCCCGUCCAGGCAGUGUGUGACUUCAAACAAAUGGAGAUCACAGUGCACAGGGGAGAUGAAUGUACGCUGUUGAACAACUCCCAGCCCUUUAAGUGGAAGGUGAGGAGCUCCGGUGGUAGUGAAGCGACAGUGCCGUCAAUCUGCUUCAUCGUCCCACCCACCAACAAGGAAGCUGUGGAGAGCACUUCUGGUCUGGACUCAAGUCUGCAGAAGCUGAUGAUCCUCUGGCAGAAGCUGCAUGUGGACAUGAAGAGUCUGCUGUCCUGGCAGUACCUCAUGAGGGACAUUCACUACAUCAACUCCUGGAACUUCAUCGUGUUCAAGACUCUGAAGGUGGAGGAGUAUCGCCAGGCUCUGAAGAACCUGGAGCAGCACUAUCAGGUCUUCAUGCGCGACAGCCAGGAUUCGGACCUCUUCGGCCCAGAUGACCGCAUGCAGGUGGAGAGUGCUUACAGCAAAGCCACCCAGCACUACGACAACCUGCAGCGCUCCGUGGAGCAAGAACCUGUCAUCAUCUCCAGAGACAGUACUGCCGGAGAGCAGGAUGAAUCCGUAUGUAAGAGCUACAUCACUCAGAUUAAGGACCUGAGGCUGAGGCUGGAGGCCUGCGAGUCCCGCAUGGUCAGCCGUCUCCGGCUGCCGGUGGACAAGGAGCCCCUGAAAGCCUGCGCUCAGAGGACCACUGAGCAGAAGAAAAUGCAGACAGAGCUGGACGGCAUAAAGAAAGAUCUGGAUGUGGUGGUGAAGCAGAGCGAGGCCGCACUGGCCUCUUCUCAGCAGUCCAGCUCCGCUCCUGUCCUGCGCUCCGAGCUGGACAUCACGCAGAAGAAGAUGGAGCGUGUUUACAGCCUGUCCUCUGUCUACUUGGACAAGCUAAAGACCAUUGACUUGGUCAUACGUAGCUCGCAAGGGGCUGAAGAUCUACUUAGGAAGUAUGAGAACCAGCUGCGUGAUGUUCACAGAGUUCCUGCAGACGAGAAGGAGGUGGAGGCCAGCCAAGCACAGCUGAAGAAAUUGCACUCUGAGGCUGAAGGUGACCAGCCAGCGUUUGACCGCCUGGAGGCUGAGCUGGGAGAGGCCGUGUCAGUGAAUGAGCGCAUGUCUCGGGUUCAUAGUGAACGCGACGCUGAGCUGGAUCACUAUCGGCAGCUGGUGUCGAGUCUUAAGGAGCGCUGGCAGGCUGUGUUCGUGCAGUUAGAGCUGCGACAGCACGAGCUGGACCUGCUGGGCAAGCAGAUGCAGGCCUACAGGCAGAGCUACGACUGGCUCAUCCGCUGGAUUGCAGACGCCAAGCAGAGGCAAGAGAAGAUCCAGGCUGUGCCGAUCAGUGACACCAAGGCCCUUAAAGAACAGCUGACCCAGGAGAAGAAACUCCUCGAGGAGAUUGAGAAGAACAAAGACAAGGUGGAUGAGUGUCAGAGAUACGCUAAAGCCUAUAUUGAUGCAGUAAAGGAUUAUGAACUUCAGCUGGUCACAUAUAAAGCCCUGGUGGAGCCCAUCGCCUCACCUCUGAAGAAAACCAAAAUGGAGUCUGCUUCAGACAACAUUAUCCAAGAGUAUGUCACUCUCAGAACUCGCUACAGUGAGCUGAUGACCCUGACAAGCCAGUAUAUAAAAUUCAUCCUGGAUACCCAGCGGCGCUUAGAGGAUGAGGAGAAAGCUACAGAAAAGCUUAAGGAAGAAGAGCGGAAAAAGAUGGCCGAGAUGCAGGCCGAGUUAGAAAAACAAAGACAGUUAGCAGAAUCUCACGCCAAGGCCAUCGCCAAAGCAGAGCAAGAGGCUGAGGAGCUGAAGCUGAAGAUGAAAGAGGAAGUCAGCAGAAGACAAGUUGUUGCAGUCGAUGCCGAAAAACAGAAACAGAACAUUCAGCAGGAGCUACAAGAACUCAGGAACCUCUCAGAGCAGGAGAUCAAGUCUAAAAGCCAGCAGGUAGAAGAGGCCCUGCAUAGCCGAAUCAAGAUUGAAGAAGAGAUCCGCAUAAUCCGACUCCAGCUGGAGACAACAGUGAAACAGAAAACGACGGCGGAAGCUGAACUUAAGCAGCUUAAGGAUAAAGCAGCAGAGGCUGACAGGCUCAGAAAAGCUGCCCAAGAAGAAGCAGAGAAGCUUCAGAAGCAAGUAAAUGAAGAGACUCAGAAAAAGCGCAAAGCAGAGGAGGAGCUGAAGCUAAAAUCUGAGGCAGAGAAGGAGGCUGCAAAGCAGAAGCAAAAGGCGCUCGAAGAUCUGGAGAAGUUCAAGCAGCAAGCUGAGGAGGCAGAGAGGCGCAUGAAGCAAGCUGAACUGGAAAAGGAAAGGCAGAUCCAAGUUGCAGAGGAGGUGGCACAGAAGACUGCUGCCACAGAGCUGCAGAGCAAACGGCUUUCGUUUGUCGAGAAAACGACAAAAUUGGAAGAGUCACUGAAACAAGAGCAAGGCACUGUCAUUCAGCUUCAAGAGGAGGCAGACCGGCUUAAGAAGCAGCAAGCCGAAGCAGAUAAGGCAAGAGAAGAGGCUGAGAAGGAGCUGGAGAUAUGGAGACAGAAAGCUAACGAAGCUCUACGACUCAGGCUCCAGGCUGAGGAGGAGGCCCAUAAGAAGAGUGCUGCUCAGGAGGAGGCAGAGAAACAGAAAGAAGAAGCAAAACGAGAGGCGAAGAGGAGGGCCAAAGCUGAAGAGCUUGCCCUAAAGCAGAAGGAGACUGCAGAGAAGGAGCUCGAAAAGCAAAGGAAAGGUGCUGAAGAAACUGCUCAACAAAAGCUCCUAGCAGAACAGGAGCUUAUCCGUUUGAGAUCAGAUUUUGAUCAUGCUGAGCAGCAAAGAGCUCUGCUCGAUGAUGAACUGCAGCGCCUCAAAAACGAAGUGAACACAGCCGUGAAUCAGAAAAAACAACUAGAGGAAGAGCUUUCUAAGGUAAGACAGGAGAUGGAAGUCCUCAUCCAAUUGAAAUCCAAAGCUGAGAAAGAGACCAUGUCAAAUACCGAGAAGAGCAAACAGCUUCUUGAAUCUGAGGCAGCCAAGAUGAGAGAACUUGCCGAGGAGGCAGCCAAACUGAGGGCAGUUGCUGAAGAAGCGAAGAAGCAAAGGAAGGUUGCAGAGGACGAAGCAGCCCACCAGAGAGCAGAGGCUGAGAAGAUCCUUAAAGAAAAGCUGGCUGCCAUCAAUGAAGCGACUCGUUUGAAGACUGAGGCUGAGAUUGCUUUGAAAGAGAAGGAGGCUGAAAACGAGCGUCUUAAGAGAAAAGCUGAGGAAGAAGCCUACCAAAGGAAGACGCUUGAAGAUCAAGCAGCCCAGCAUAAGCAAGAUAUUGAGGUAAAGAUCAGCCAGUUAAAGAAGUCUUCUGAUGAUGAAUUAGACCGGCAGAAGAAAAUUGUUGAAGAAACACUGAAGCAGAGGAAAGUGGUCGAAGAGGAGAUUCACAUACUGAAGAUCAACUUUGAAAAGGCCUCAACAGGAAAGCGAGACCUCGAACUUGAGCUGAACAAGCUAAAGAGCAUCGCUGAUGAGACUCAGAAAAGUAAAGUACAAGCCGAAGAGGAGGCGGAGAAGUUUAGAAAGCUGGCGCUAGAGGAAGAGAAGAAGAGGAAGGAGGCAGAGGAAAAAGUGAAGAAGAUUGCAGCUGCAGAAGAGGAGGCGGCAAGACAGUGCCAGGCUGCUCAAGAAGAAGCUGAGCGUCUUCGAAAGAAAGCUGAAGAGGCCAAAAAGCAAAAAGAGCAUGCUGACAAGGAAGCUGAGAAACAGAUUAUUUUGGCUCAAGAAGCUGCACAAAAGUGUUUUGCAGCUGAGCAGAAAGCUCAGGAUGUCUUUGUCCAACAGAAAGAGGACAGCCUUGCUCAAACUAAGCUAAAACAAGAGUUUGAGAAGGCAAAGAAAUUGGCUGAAGAUGCAGAAAAGGCCAAAGAGAAAGCUGAGAAAGAGGCUGCUUUGCUUCGACAGAAGGCAGAUGAGGCCGAGCGUCAGAAACAAGCAGCCGAAGCAGAAGCGGCUAAACAGGCCAAAGCCCAAGAAGAUGCUGAAAAACUGAGGAAAGAAGCUGAGAAAGAAGCUUCCAAACGUGCUAAAGCAGAAGGAGCAGCAUUGAAACAGAAGGAACAGGCUGAUGCAGAGAUGGCCAAGCACAAAGAGCUUGCUGAGACAACCUUGAAGCAGAAAUCUAUGGUGGAGGAAGAGUUAGCAAAGGUAAAACUACAACUUGAAAACACAGACAAGCAGAAAUCUGUUUUGGAUGAUGAACUGAAACGACUGAAGGAUGAGGUCGCUGAUGCUGUCAAGCAGAAAGCUCAGGUGGAAGAUGAGCUCUCUAAAGUAAAGAUCCAGAUGGAGGAACUGCUCAAACUGAAGGUUAAAAUUGAGAAGGAAAACCAGCAACUCAUGAACAAAGAUAAGGAGAACACAAAGAAAUUGCUUGAGGAAGAGGCUGAGAACAUGAAGAAGCUGGCUGAAGAGGCUGCACGGCUCAGUGCUGAUGCCCAGGAAGCUGCUAGACUAAGACAGGUUGCAGAGUCCGACCUUGCCCAACAGAGAGAGCUGGCUGAAAAGAUGCUCAAAGAGAAGAUGCUAGCCAUUCAGGAAGCAUCGAAACUGAAGGCUGAGGCUGAAAAGCUCCAGAAACAGAAAGACCAAGCUCAAGAAGAGGCCCAAAAACUGCUGGAGGCUAAAAAGGAGAUGCAACAGCGUUUAGACCAAGAGACGGAAGGCUUCCAGAAAUCCUUAGAGGCAGAACGUAAGCGGCAGCAAGAAGCAACCGCUGAGGCAGAGAAGCUGAGGCUCAAAGUAACAGAGCUAAGCAAAGCGCAGUCGAAAGCAGAGGAAGAAGCUAAAAAUUUCAGGAAACAAGCAGAAGAAAUCAGAGCCCGUUUGCUCGAGACUGAAAAACAAACCUCAGAAAAAGUCACUGUUGUUGAGAAGCUGGAAGUGGAGAGGCUGCAAAGCACCAAAGAGGCAGAUGACUUGCGCAAUGCAAUUGCAGCACUUGAACAAGAAAAGGAGAAACUGAAAAAGGAGUCACUGGAUUUACAAAAUAAAGCAAAAGAGAUGGCCAGUGCGCAACAGGAGCAAAUUCUAAAAGAAAAGACAGUCCUUCAGCAGACUUUCCUUAUAGAGAAAGAAACCCUGCUGAAACAGGAGAAGACCAUCGAGGCUGAGAAAAAGAAGCUGGAAAAACAAUUGGAUGAUGAGAUGAAGAAAGCCAAAGCACUUAAAGAUGAACAAGAGCAUCAGAGGAAACAGAUGGAGGAGGAGAAAAAGAAACUUCAGGCUAUCCUGGAUGCUGCAGUCAAAAAGCAGAAGGAUGCUGAGGAAGAGAUGCUUAACAAGCAAAAAGAGAUGGAAGAGCUAGAAAAGAAAAAACAAGAUCAAGAGAAACUCAUGGGUGAGGAAAACAAGAAGUUACGAGAGAAGCUCCAGCAGCUGAAGGGCACCCAGAAACCUGCAUGCCAAACAAAGGAAAUUGAGAUCCAAACUGACAAAGUACCUGAAGAUGAAUUAGUUACAGCAACAGUGCAAGAAACAACAAAGAAAGCUAUCAAUGGUUCUGCAGACGUUGAUGGAGUAAAGGCAAAUGGAGACUCACCACUGGCAUUUGAUGGAAUCAGAGACAAGGUGCCUGCAAGCAGGCUUAAUGAAGUUGGUGUGCUGAACAAAAAAGAAUUUGAUAAACUUAAAAAAGGCAAGACAACUGUGCAAGAGCUCAGUAAAUUGGACAAAGUCAAGAGGUGUCUGAAAGGCAAUGAUUGCAUUGGUGGUGUAAUAGUGGAACCCAACCAAAAAAUGAGCAUCUAUCAGGCUUUGAAGGAGAAUACAAUUUCACCUAGCACAGCUUUGAGUCUUCUUGAAGCUCAGGCUGCAUCUGGAUGUAUUAUUGAUCCCGUUAAGAACAGAAGGCUCUCUGUCAAUGAGGCUGUAAAGGAAUCCAUUAUUGGGCCUGAACUGCACACUUCAUUGCUCUCUGCUGAAAGGGCUGCGACUGGUUUCAAAGAUCCUUUCACUGGACAAAAGAUCUCACUAUUUGAAGCCAUGAAAAAGGGUUUGGUUACCGAGGACCAAGCUGUUAAAUUUCUUGAUGUUCAAAUUGCAACUGGUGGCAUAAUCGAUCCAGUAAACAGCCACCGUGUGCCAGUCCAAACAGCAUGUAAACAAGGUCAGUUGGAUGAGGAGCUGAACAAGGUUUUGUCCAGUCCACCAGAUGAAAGAAAAGCAUUUAGUGAUCCCAACACCCAAGAAAGCCUCACUUAUCAUCAGCUACUAGCCAGAUGCAAACCAGAUCCUGAUACAGGCCUCCCACUCCUUCCUGUCACAGAGGCAGCAUCAGUUACGGAAAGGACUUACACAAAUGAGGAAACUAGAGAUGUGUUCAGUAAAACAAAUGUAUCCGUGCCAUUUGGAAGAUUCAAGGGCAAGAUAGUGACCAUCUGGGAAGUGAUCAAUUCUGAGUACUUUACGGAAGAUCAGAGGAAAGAUCUUAUUCGUCAGUAUAGAUCAGGCAAAAUUACCGUAGAAAAAAUCAUAAAGAUUGUGAUUACUGUUGUGGAGGAUAAAGAAAAAACGAAAGAACCUGCCUUUGAUGGUUUGAGAUCAUCUGUGCCUGCGUCUGAGCUCCUGGACUCAAAGAUCAUUAAUAAAGAUUUAUUCAAUGAGUUGCAUAAUGGCAAAACUUCUGUAAAAGAAGUGUCUGAGAUGGAACCUGUCAAAAAAGCCCUCAAGGGAACAAACAGUAUUGCUGGAGUGUUCAUUGAGUCAACUAAGGAGAAGGUGCCAAUCUAUGAAGCCCUGAAGAAGAACUUGCUUGGAGAAGAGACUGCACUACAACUCUUAGAAGCCCAGGCUGGAACAGGCUUCAUAAUUGAUCCAGUAAAAAACCAAAAGCUCACGGUUGACGAUGCUGUUAAAUCUGGGAUUGUUGGCCCAGAGCUGCAUGAAAAGUUGUUGUCUGCCGAAAGAGCAGUUUGUGGGUACAAGGAUCCAUAUACUGGAAUGACUGUGUCCUUGUUUGAGGCAAUGCAAAAAGACCUCAUUAACAAAGAUCAGGGUAUGCGGCUACUGGAGGCCCAACUUGAGACUGGAGGAAUCAUCGACCCAGUGAAAAGUUAUCGCAUUCCUAAGGAUAUUGCCUACAAACGUGGGUAUUUCAGUGAGGAAGUCAACAAGAGCUUAAGCAGUCCAUCUGACACUACCAAAGUGUUCUUUGACCCAAACUCAAGGGAGAAUGUUUCCUAUGCACAGCUGAAGAAACAAUGCAUCACUGACAAAGAAACAGGCCUCUCAUUGCUUCCACUCUCAGAAAAAGCUGUUAAGUCCACAGAAUCAGAUCUGGUCUUAGAUGUUCAAACCAAAGAAGCUUUAAACAAGUCAACACUGGAGUUAAACAGUGGACCCUUUAAAGGAAGAAAGGUCACUAUCUGGGAGAUUAUCAAUUCUGAAUAUCUAACAGAAGAACAGAGGAUUGACAUAAUACGCCAGUACAGAUCAGGAAAGGUUACAAUUGAAAAGAUAAUAAAGAUUGUGAUAACACUGGUUGAAGAAAAGCAGAUAAAAAUUCAGCAAGAUACCUUUAGCGGUCUUAGAGAACCUGUUACUGCUACCUCCCUGUUUGAAUCCAAAAUCAUUGACAAAGCCACUUACGAUCAGCUCCAACAAGGUAAAAAGAAGCCGACGGAGAUCAGUGAAAUUGAUUCAGUCAAGAACUACUUGAGAGGAUCUGAAACCAUUGCGGGAGCAUUUGACGAGAAAUCUAAAGAAAAGCUCAGCAUUUAUCAGGCAAUGAAACAGAAAUUACUAACGCCAAGUACAGGCCUUGCCUUGUUGGAGGCCCAGGCGGCAACUGGGUUUAUUGUUGAUCCAAUCAGGAAUCAGAGCUUUACUGUGGACGAUGCUGUAAAAGCUGGCAUUGUUGGACCUGAGCUUCACGAAAAACUGCUGUCUGCGGAGAAGGCUGUAACAGGUUAUAAAGAUCCGUACACUGGUAACAAGAUUUCCCUUUUCCAAGCAAUGCAAAAAGAGCUUGUUCUUAGGGAACAUGCCAUACCCCUUCUGGAAGCCCAAGAGGCCACUGGAGGGAUAGUUGAUCCAGUGAAUAGCCAUCGUGUUCCCACUGACAUAGCCAUUCAGCGAGGUUACUUAAACAAGCAGUUGGCUAAGUCCUUCAAAGAUCCUUCAGAGGAUGUCAAAGGUUUCACUGAUCCUAACAAAGAUGAGAUUGUCACUUACAAACAGCUGAUAGACAGAUGCAUGAAAGAUCCUGAAUCUGGUGUUUUUCUCUUACCACUUUCUAAGCCUGAGAUUCCAAAAGAAGCUGAGAAGUCAUAUGUUUACACUGAAGAGCAAGCACAAACAGACUUGGCUAACACACAAAUUGAUAUACCACACAAAAGUUUUGCAGGAAAGCAGACGAGUUUAUGGGACGUCAUGGCAUCAGACUUGCUUCCAGAAGAUGAUAAGCAAAGACUUCUUCAACAGUUCCGGUCAGGAAAAAUCACAAAAGAGAGAAUGAUCAUCAUUGUCAUUGAAAUCAUUGAGCAAAGAGAAAUUAUUAAAACCGAGCAGAGUAUGCUGUGUGAUGUAAUUCGACGCAGGGUUACAAUUGAAGAACUAUACAGCUCUCGCAUAAUAGACCUUGAAACUUACAAUCUGCUGAAACAAGGCAAGAAAACCAUCCGGGAGGUUAUGGAGAUGACAACAGUUAAGCAGUACCUCUUUGGCACGGGCAGCAUUGCUGGAGUGCUCUCAGACAACUUUGCCAAAGUUAGCAUUUACAAUGCCAUGAAAAGAGGCCUUAUCAAGCCUGAUGAUGCCAUUGAUUUGUUGGAAGCACAAGCAGCAACAGGAUUUAUGAUUGAUCCUGUGAAACAUGAAUUGCUAACAGUUGACGAGGCUGUCCGCAAGGGUCUUGUUGGCCCAGAACUCCAUGACAAACUUUUGUCUGCAGAGAGGGCAGUCACAGGGUACAAAGACCCAUACAGUGGUAAAGUCAUUUCCCUAUUUCAAGCCAUGAAAAAGGACCUGAUUCCUGAAGAGUAUGCUUUGAAGCUCCUGGAGGCUCAGAUUGCAACUGGUGGCCUAAUGGAUCCCGAGUACAGUUUCCACCUCCCAGCUGAUGUUGCAUUGCAACGUGGAUAUAUCAACAAAGAAACGAGUGAGAGGCUAUCUGACCCUAGUGGAGACAUGAAAGGAUUUGUUGAUCCAACGACAGAUGAAAAGCUGUCGUACGCUCAACUUCUCAAGCGAUGCAAAGUUGACAAAGAAAGUGGCCUGCAUUUACUCUCUCUUGCAGACAAAAGACUGAUGUUCGGAGGUUUAAGAAAGCAAAUUACCAUAGAUGAACUGCUGCGCUCUCAGAUUAUUGAUCAGAAGACUUACACAGAGCUUAUCGAAGGCAUCGUCUCAGUGGAAGACAUCAGCAAAGACUUGAAGAAAUACCUUGAGGGCACAAGCUGUAUUGCUGGCGUGUAUGUAGAGGCUUCUAAAGAUCGGCUGUCCAUUUACCAAGCCAUGAAGAAGAACAUGAUCAGACCUGGCACUGCCUUUGAAUUGCUUGAGGCUCAAGCAGCCACUGGAUAUGUGAUUGAUCCAAUCAAGAAUUUGAAACUGACUGUCAAUGAAGCUGUAAAAAUGGGAGUGGUUGGCUCAGAGUUUAAAGACAAGCUUCUCUCUGCUGAACGAGCUGUGACGGGUUACAAAGAGCCAUACUCUGGUAAGAUCAUUUCCCUAUUCCAGGCCAUGAAGAAGGGUCUGAUCCUCAAAGACCAUGGUAUUCGUCUUCUGGAGGCUCAGAUAGCCACUGGUGGAAUAAUUGAUCCUGAGGGAAGUUAUCGGCUUCCAGUAGAACAAGCGUACAAGCGCGGCCUCUUUGAUGAGGAGAUGAACAGUAUUCUCACUGACCCCUCCGAUGACACUAAAGGUUUCUUUGAUCCAAACACCGAGGAGAAUCUGACUUACCUUCAACUGAUGGAGCGAUGCAUGAUUGACCCUGAAACUGGACUUGCUCUCCUAACGCUGAAAGAGAAAAAGCGUGAACGAAAGACAUCUUCCAAGUCAUCAGUGCGCAAGCGCAGAGUAGUGAUUGUAGACCCAGAAACGGGUAAAGAAAUGUCUGUUUAUGAAGCAUACCGCAAAGGACUCAUCGAUCAUCAGACAUAUCUAGAGCUUGCAGAGCAAGAAUGUGAAUGGGAGGAAAUUACCAUCUCAUCAUCGGAUGGUGUCGUCAAGUCUAUGAUCACUGACAGGAGGUCUGGACGUCAGUAUGACAUUGAUGAUGCCAUCACUAAAGGUCUCAUAGACCAGUCCGCUUUAGACCAGUACCGUGCAGGCACUCUGUCUAUCACUGAAUUUGCAGACAUGUUGUCAGGGAACAUGAGUGGAUUCAGAUCACGUUCAUCUUCCUUUGGGUCCACCUCAUCAUUUCCUAUGAGCCCAGCUCCAGCCAUCAGGACCCCAGCAACAACCUGGAGUGACCCAACAGAGGAAACUGGGCCAGUUGCUGGCAUCCUGGACACGGAUACUCUGGAGAAGGUGUCAGUCACCGAGGCCAUGCAUCGGAAUCUGGUUGAUAAUAUUACUGGUCAAAGGCUGCUAGAAGCACAGGCAUGCACAGGGGGUAUCAUUGACCCAAAUACUGGAGAAAAGUUUACUGUGGCUGAUGCCACGAACAAGGGGCUGGUUGACAAGAUAAUGGUAGACCGCAUCAACUUAGCUCAGAAAGCCUACCAGGGAUUUGAAGAUCCAAGAACCAAAACCAAAAUGUCAGCAGCUCAAGCCUUAAAGAAAGGUUGGCUGUACUAUGAGGCUGGCCAACGUUUUCUCGAAGUCCAGUAUCUAACAGGUGGAUUAAUUGAACCUGAUGUCACAGGCAGAGUAUCACUGGAUGAGGCUGUAAAGAAGGGCACUCUUGAUGCUCGCACUGCGCAGAAACUACGAGAUGUCAGUGGAUAUUCCAAGUAUCUCACAUGCCCCAAAACAAAGCUGAAGAUAUCUUACAAAGAUGCAAUGGAGCGAAGCAUGAUUGAGGAGGGCUCAGGCUUACGCUUGCUGGAGGCAUCAUCUCAGUCUAGUAAAGGCCUUUAUAGCCCAUACAGUAUCAGUGGCUCUGGAUCAACCUCAGGAUCCAGGUCUGGCUCCAGAACUGGUUCCAGGUCUGGCUCUAGACGAGGAAGCUUUGAUGCUACAGGCUCUGGUUUUUCCAUGAGUUUCUCCUCAUCUUCCUAUGGCUCCCCAAGCUAUGGACGCCGAUAUGGCUUAGGGGAGCACAGUGGUUUGAAUAUGGAUGAACUAAAGAACGCCUUAACAGCAUUAACACCCAGAGGGAACUGUUGGUCUGAUGAGAUGAGAUUGUUCUCACAUUCGCAACCACAGUGCUCUUUAGUUGCUUAAACCAUUUAAAAAAAGGCGUUUAAUUCUGCUCUGCAUGUGGUUGCUGUGGGGCCGGGGAAGCAUUAUUAAAUUAUACUGGCUUUAAUAUUUCAAUUCAUGUUAGACUAUAUUUUUAAUAUUUAAAUGAUUUCUCAAAUAAUUACAUAAGAAAUGAUGAACUCAUGUUUACUUUUUCUGUAAUGCCUUUUAUGGAAAAAAUUGAAAAUCCAUGAUAUAUUUAGGAAUAUUUUUUAAACACUGUUACACAUUGCAAUUAUCAGUGUUAUGAAUUCCUCUGCUCUUGUACUAUUUCUUUCUGCCUUAAGCCCGCUUAAUAUGAUAUUCAACAAUCCUCUUGAGCUUUUUUAUUCAAAAAUGCUGAGUUAAGAAACAUAUGCUUUAAGUACGAAGUAAAGCUUAUUUUGAUUUCUAUUUGUGUACAGAUCUCUUAUGCAUCUGAAUUGUUUUGAUAAUAUACAUGUUGUGACAGUUUGCUAGAAUGUUAAAGAGAAGGGCUGGUGACCAUCUGCAGAGCAGAAUAAGGAAUCUUAUUAGCGUCAGAGCACAUGAAGAAACAAUGCUUCAGAAACCCUUUUUUGGCAACACUGCCACAGUUACAUGUCAAGCUUUUUGCACUCUCCUUUUCAUAUGAAAUGGAACAACACUUAAGCCAUUGGAACUCUGCUGUCUUUCAAGAUAAAUCAGAAUGGAUUCAUUGAAAUCUCUGCCACUGAUCCCAGAAAACCUACGGACUCAAAAGCUAUAAAAACAAAUUCCAGAAGAUGGCACUGAACAACCUUCUCAAGACAAGUGAGAGACCCAUCCUAUCCAUACCUAGUCUUCUGUUCCUGUCUCAUCUCCCAAAUCAAAGUGGACUUCAUUUGAGCCUUAACCUUACCUGAGCUCUGCACUCACUAUAUUCUUUCUCUUGCUGAAAAGGAGUGGUGUCCACUUCAGAACUCCAUACUAAAACCUCACCACCACUUUCAAACUGCAGAGAUGAAGACUAUGUCCAUAUGUUCUACUGCCCACUGGAGAGAUCCUAUGGAACAGAUUGCUCCAAUCAAGAGAACCACAAAUAGACCCUGUUUGAUUGACCAACAUACAUGUUCUGCUACCUUCAUUUGAUAUUCUUUUUUGCAUUGCGAAUUCAUGUUAUUCAAUAUCUGUUUAUAUUAUGUUUAAUAUUUUGAAGCCAAUUAGGAAAAAAGGCAAAGCCCAUAGUUAUAAUCAGGACAGCUGCUUUUUAGGCCGUAUGUUUUAACAUGACAUUUUGUUCGGGGUGCUUGAACUUUGUGCAUUGUUUUGUUGUUGUAUCCGUUUUGCCAUUUAAGUUUUAAAAUCUUCACUGGAAAAAAAAUGGGCUUUGUGCUCAUGAACAUAAAUUAGUCAGUAAGAUUGUAUAUUUCAAUAAGUGGUGCAUUUCUAAAGUAACAAAGAAGGUUGCUUACUAUAAACUGCGUCUGUACAUGCAAAAGCCUCUUAUAAUCAAUUCAAAAAUAAGUAAAGAAACAUAGGUUUAACCUUGAAAUAAUCAUGCAUAAAUAACCACAGUAUAGAGUUCUCAACACCAUGCAUACUGUAUCUUUGAUACUUUUGAUAACCUCCGUACUAGGCCUGCGUUAAUUUGUAUUAUUUUAUUUCAUGUUUUUGCUGUUUUGCUUGUUCUCCCGAUACAUUUGCCCCAGUUUCUUCAUACAAAAGCAAUUAUCUUUUCUUUUCUAUUUUUAAAUACUUGAUUGCUGUACUGUAAAAUCAUACUGCAUGUUAAUAUCAACUGUAUUUUCCUACAUUGGUAUUUUUGCUUUGCAUGUUUUUGCUAACAUGGUUAAAGGGAUGCAAUAACAACUGCAUUCAGCAAAACCUUUUUGAAGCAGUUUGAGGAUAUAUUUGAACCAAGAUUGCCUUGUUGUUUUGGGUAAUGAGGCAUGAUAAAGAAGAUUGUAUUUAUAGGAUGGGAUUGUAUUCUAUUGUAAAUAAAAUAUUAAAAUAUCAACA